UAUCAAAGCCUCUGCUCUGCCUGCGCUAAGUGACUGCUGAAAAACAAAGGCAGCGAGCCGCGGCUGGGAAAUGUCAUCAGUCAUCCCUAAUAGAGGAAAAAGACAUCAAACACUCUAUGGUGAUAUUCUUUGAGGGGUGAAAUAAUAGAACUGUUAUCGCUGCUUGGGCUGUUCAUGGGAGCAAGACUCCAAAUCAACAGUAAACAUCGGCUGCUCAGAAUCCACAGGUUUCCUUUUCUUCGCUUGUUUUCGUCUGUGUUUCUGGAUGGAUCUGGACUGAGUGACAGCAGCAGCAGGAGGACUGCUGAGUAGCCGACCAACAUAACGGACUUGUUUGUUGCAUCCAGCGGAGUGAACAAUGAAGUUAGUGCGUUCUGGAUAGAAGAUGAAUGGCGAGUCAGGGGGCUUAUUGGACUCGAAAUCAAGUGAGCGCGUAGAGAUUUCACAGCCUCGUUUCUACAUCUCUGUUACACCCUUUUCUCGUUUGAAAUCGUGCCUUUGAACAGAUAGUUCAAGUUACCUGCGCGCUCAUCAGCCGGGGAGAGGCGCUAUCCGUGGUCCUGAAGUCCUCUCCUGAGCUUCCUCCUGGCCUCGUGUGAAGACAACUUUACAGUUGGAGUUGACUCUGUCCACCAAGAGCUCCAGAAAGAGCCUAAUAUGGUAACUCAAACUAGAGUUCAUCUGCAGACUGUGGUAGGCCUACUUUUGAUUUUUGUUGUCCACCUGAGCCGGCCGGUAUGUGUCGAUGUCCCGUCAGAGACUGACGCAGUCCUGGGAGAACCCAUGAAAUUGACCUGCAUCUCCUGCAUGAAGAGGGAUGAGAUCAAAUCAAAGACAUUCGUGGAUUGGUACUACAUGCCAAAAGAAGAAAAAGACAUACCACCUGACAAAACCCAUAUAUUCAAAUAUGAUGUUGACAAUCCAGUUGAAUCGGAGGGACCAUUUAAGGGCCGUCUGACCUGGGAUGGGAGCAAGGACUUGCAAGAUGUCUCCAUUCAAAUCAAGAGCGCCACCUACAAUGACAGUGGCGUCUAUGAGUGCCACGUACUUCGCAAGUUUGAGUUUGACUUCUUCACUCCCUCAGUCUCCGUCGUCAAGCAAAUCGAGUUGAAGGUGCAAGCAAAAGCCACUGGAGAUGAUGCAGCGCUCUACUCUGAGAUCAUGAUGUAUGUGCUGCUGGUGUGCUUGACCUUCUGGCUGCUGGUGGAGAUGAUCUACUGCUACAGAAAGAUCUCUAAGUCUGAUGAGCAGGCACAGGACACAGCGACAAACUACCUAGCCAUUCCCUCUGAGCAGAAAGACAACCCAGCCACUCCUGUUACCGAAUAAAAGUGGUUAUCAGUGACACGGUAUUAACCAAUCACGGUGGGACUUCAGUCAUCUGUCAUGUGACAGACACAGCCAUAGUGUCCACAACCUCAUCUAUGCCACUAUGAAGGUAUCAUUACUCCCAGACUGCCAAGGGAAUCCUGCCAACAGACCUCCCCUGUGUAUUGACUGUGUUAUGUGACGGGCCAGUCAAAAAUGUCCCAAGUGCUCAAUGUUUCUCUUCCUUGUCCUCUCUUUUUUAUAUUUUACCUUCGUGCCAGGCAUCUGAAAUGAAAUGCUUUCACAAAUAGAACAGGUCAAAGAACAAAACCUCAUUGUCCUGCACUUAUUAUCAGAUAAAUACCAGACAUGUGCUAUUUGGACCUGCCAGUGCAUCGAGUUACUAUAUAUUUCUUAGUAGUUAGUAGUGCCUCUGUGAUUUAUUACCUAUAAACAGAAAAUAUCCAUUGAAAGGUCUGACUGCUGUCAAUACUGUGGUAUUUACAUAUAUAACUUGUUUAACUUAUAUAUCUAUAGAUAUAUAUCUAUAUCUAUAUCUAUAGAUAUAUAUAUAUAUAUAUAUAUAUAUAUAUCUAUAUAUAUAUAUUUAUUUAUAUUUAUAUUUAUAUAUAUACUGACUCUGUUGUACGCCUUUAUUUGUUUUAUUACAAUUUUAUAGACCACGCUUAGAUUUUGGGUCACAGUUUUAUUUGUAUUGGCCAAUAUCUUUAUGAUGUCUUUUUAAGGAAAAUGGAUUGCUAAGCUUUUAUACUGUAUGGAUGUGCAUUUCUCCCUGUUUUGUUUUGAGCAUCAGUAAAACCACCAAGUAAAUGGAGAUGUAGAAAAACAGAUUAUUUUGAGUCACUCUAUUUGAGUUGAUCUGAUUUCAUCUAAUUCAUUCCAAUACUCUCCUCUGUAUAAAUCUUUAAUCCUUGUUCAGCCCUGACAUUAACGUACAUUCAGUAGUAAUCUAACAGUAACACGCAUUCUUAAGGUUUGACUGUUGCUGGUAUUGCUAUUAAGACUAAAUGUGCGUGAGCUGGUUUUGAACUAAUAAACGUAAUGCAUUCCACA